AGUCAGAGCGCUAUGCGCAGCCUCAAAACUCCCGUCCCUAUAGUUUACAUUUUACAGCUAAGGCUGCUGUGUGGGAGAGCCUGCGGCGCUUGUCCCCGUGGGGCCACCGUCCACGCCCAGCUCUCAGCUUGCUGACAACGCCCACACGCAAUUGCGUAGGCGGGAUAGGUGGAGGAUGGUUCAAAGCGAGCGGUGACAUCCAUUGGCUGUACGCGACACGGGGUGGGUACAGACGUCCUGGUGACGCCAUCACGCCGCGGUCAGGACGUUCCAGCCCCAGAAGAGCCUGCCGGUGACCUAGCGCUAUCGCGGGUGUCCUGUAGCUGCCGUGGCCCACCGGUAACGAACCCCGGGAGCAAGAGGUCCUGACAGUGAAAAAGCAGUCUGGCUCCCGAGGUCAACUCCCUACACCCCAAGGUCCAGAUGGCGGCCAACGUGGGUGAUCAGCGCAGCACAGAUUGGUCUUCUCAGUAUGGCAUGGUGGCUGGAGCCAGCAGAGAGAAUGGCAUGGAGACUCCUAUGCACGAGAACCCAGAGUGGGAGAAGGCCCGCCAGGCCCUGGCCAGCAUUAGCAAAGCAGGGGCUGCCAGUAGCUCCAAAGCUAGUAGCAGUGGGCCGGUGUCCAGUGCACAAUAUGUCUCUCAGGCAGAAGCCUCAGCUUUGCAGCAGCAGCAGCAACAGUACUACCAGUGGUACCAGCAGUACAAUUAUGCCUAUCCUUACAGCUACUACUACCCCAUGAGCAUGUACCAGAGCUACGGCUCCCCCUCCCAGUAUGGGAUGGCCAGCUCCUACGGCUCAGCUACAGCCCAGCAGCCAUCGGCUCCCCAGCACCAAGGGACUCUGAACCAGCCUCCAGUCCCUGGCAUGGAUGAGAGUAUGGCCUACCAGGCUUCCCCUCAGCAGCUACCUGCAGCCCAGCCCCCUCAGCCCUCAAACCCUCAGCAUGGGACACAUGGUCUAAGCAAUGGCCCUCAGCCUGGAACAGCCCCAGCCACUCAGCACAGUCAGACAGGGGCACCUACAGGGCAGACCUAUGGGCCACACAGCUACAGUGAGCCUGCCAAGCCCAAGAAGGGUCAGCAGCUGUGGACCCGCAUGAAACCAGCCCCUGGGACUGGAGGUCUCAAGUUCAACAUCCAGAAGCGGCCCUUUGCUGUCACCAACCAGAACUUCAGCUCCAAUACAGAGGGGCAACACAGUAGCUUCGGUUCCCAGCCCAGCUCUGAGAAAGCCCAGAACCAUAGUGGGCCGUCUGGCCGGGGAAACCUGUCUGGGAAGCCGGACGAUUGGCCGCAGGAUAUGAAGGAAUAUGUUGAGCGGUGCUUCACUGCCUGUGAAUCAGAAGAGGACAAGGACCGGACAGAGAAGCUGCUCAAGGAGGUGCUACAGGCCCGGCUCCAGGAUGGCUCUGCCUACACCAUCGACUGGAGCCGAGAGCCUCUGCCUGGGCUGACCAGGGAGCCUGUGACUGAGAGCCCCAAGAAGAAACGGUGGGAGGCCCCUAGCAGCCUUCAUCCUCCCAGGGGGGCAGGCUCGGUGACCAGGGGCGGGGGUGCCCAAUCCCAGCGAGGGACACCUGGGUCUGGGGGUGCUGGCCGAGCCCGGGGUAGCAGCUUCGCCAAGUUCGGCAACCGCAACGUCUUCAUGAAGGACAACAGCUCUUCCUCCAGCACAGAUUCGCGUUCACGCUCUUCAUCCAGGUCCCCUACUCGUCACUUCCGGAGAAGUGACUCCCACUCAGACUCUGACAGCUCUUACUCAGGGAAUGAGUGUCACCCUGUAGGCCGCAGGAACCCACCCCCCAAGGGUCGGGGUGGUCGCGGGGCCCACAUGGAUCGGGGCCGAGGCAGGGCGCAGCGAGGAAAGAGGCAUGACCUAGCUCCAACCAAACGCAGCCGCAAGAAGAUGGCAGCAAUCGAGUGUGAGGACCCAGAGCGUGAGCUUAAGAAGCAAAAGAGGGCAGCCCGCUUUCAGCAUGGGCACUCACGCCGCCUGCGCCUUGAACCUUUGGUGCUGCAGAUGAGUAACCUGGAAAGCAGUGGAGCUGACCCUGACUGGCAGGAGCUACAGAUUGUGGGCACCUGUCCUGACAUCACAAAGCAUUAUCUACGGCUGACCUGCGCCCCAGACCCAUCAACUGUGCGACCUGUGGCUGUUUUGAAGAAGUCUCUGUGCAUGGUCAAGUCCCACUGGAAGGAGAAGCAGGACUACGCCUUUGCCUGUGAGCAGAUGAAGUCCAUUCGGCAGGACCUCACGGUACAAGGCAUCCGCACUGAGUUCACUGUGGAGGUGUAUGAGACACAUGCCCGCAUCGCCUUGGAGAAGGGUGACCAUGAAGAAUUCAACCAGUGCCAGACGCAACUCAAGUCUCUGUAUGCGGAAAACUUGGCAGGCAAUGUGGGUGAAUUUACUGCAUACCGAAUCCUCUACUACAUCUUCACCAAGAACUCUGGGGACAUCACUACAGAGCUGGCAUACCUCACAAGGGAGCUGAAAGCAGACCCCUGUGUGUCCCACGCAUUGGCACUGAGGGCAGCGUGGGCCCUAGGCAACUACCACCGCUUCUUCCGGCUCUAUUGCCAUGCACCUUGUAUGUCUGGCUACCUUGUGGACAAGUUUGCAGACCGGGAGCGCAAGGCUGCCCUCAAGGCCAUGAUCAAAACCUUCCGCCCUGCGCUGCCAGUCUCCUACCUGCAGGCCGAGCUGGCCUUCGAGGGCGAGGCCGCCUGCCGGGCCUUCCUAGAGCCCUUGGGCCUGUCCUACACGGGCCCGGACAACUCCAGCGUGGACUGCCGCCUCAGCCUGGCGCAGCUGCCAGCCUUCUGAGCACUCAUCGAGCACGGGCGGGGUUAGGGCUGUGGCCCAGUACCGCCUUUGCGGAUUUUGUUUUUGAGCCAUGGACAUGGGUUGUAAAUUAAUUUGUGGGGAGAAGGCUCCAGGAAGAGCCAGCAUCCCUACCCCCGUUUUCCCACCGGGGAUCUGUACAGAGAUUUUUCUACGUUUUUAUUUUUUGUCUCACAGGGGAUAAUUGGGAGUAUAGUGGAGGAGGGCGGGGUGGGGGCUACAGGUUCUGUGUCCACCUCUCACCUCCACUAAUGCUGUCUCAGUGUUUUUUCUCUCUCUCUUUCGAGCUCGUACUCCAGCACCUGACCCUGCGUGCUGGCCCAUCCCAUGUUGGGGGGUCAGCAGAAAGAAGACAGGCCGUCCAGCCCGCACCCGCCUGCAGCGGGGCACCAGCCAGCCACACCUAAUUGCCUCGUCUGCCUCUUCAUAGACUCUUGUUGCCCAGCUAUUGGGGCCUCAGUGUUUGGGGUGAGGGGAGCUGCUUAAAGACUAUGCCCCACCUUCAACCCCUCACCCCAGAAAUGCCAGCCAGCACCACCAACACAGCCAGACCAGCGCCACACCGCACUGAGGACUCCAGGGCCUUCGCGGGACCAUGCCAGCCGGGCUGCCUCGUCUUACUCAAGUUGUAUUAAGUUGUCUCCGUGUCCCUUCCUCCCUCUGCCCCAAUGUUUCUUCUGAUUUUUUUUUCCCUUCCCUCCCUCCUCUUCCUUCUCCCUCCUUGCUCCCUGGUUCAACACAGGUAAAAUGGUUACCCUCCCUUCCUUCCUCCCCUCUGCCUUCAUGGAUCACCAGCUCACGUCAUGUUUCCUUCUCUUUCCUCUGUGUGUGUGUUUAAGUUAUUUUUCUUCUUUCUCCCCUUUUCUUUUCACCCCUCCCUCCUCUUCUGCCAUGUAACUGGAGGAUGUGCUAUGAGGUUGCAAACAGCUGGACUGUCAGGCUGCUUUUUUUCCAGAUGCCUCCCUUCCUCCCCUUCCCACCUCUCCCCUCCCCUCCCUUCAUUCUCCUUGAGCAUUGAGUACAGUACAUUUUGGAAGCUUGAAACCAAAAAUUAAAGAGAAAGAGAG